AUGGCUGAGGCAGCGUUGGGCUCUCUUUACUGGCAGGAUCAUGCCUUUGUUCAGGAGCUCGCUAUGGUUUCCGAGACCCUCUUGAAACAGGCUCGAGCUGCUGUCGGCGAGGCGCUGGCUGCCGACCCCGCGGCUCCCGUGCAGGGGACGAUCUCGCGCACCCUCGAGGUGCAGGACCGCUCUGACGCCGAAGGAGGGGUUGGGGGCGUGCCCGCGCUGCCUAUCGCGGCGAUGCUCUGCGACUGCGACCUGGAGAUGGACGUGGAGGGGUUGGGCCCAGGGGCCUUGAGGAUGGGCGGCUUGGGCCACUGCGAGGGCGCCGCGGCGGCGGGGCCGCGGCCUAGGGCGGCGGCCCCAACGGGAACCAACCGCGAGGAGGGCUACCGCGCCAUCUUCGCGCAGAGCAUUUCGACGCGGGGCCCGGGGUCCGAGGGGGGGCUCGACGACCUGAAGGACGGCGGAGUUAUAUUCCCAGAAACGCACGUGGGCAGCUCGGGCAGCAUAGAGAUCCUGCAGCUCAUGGGCAUGCGAGUCUGCAAGGUCGUCGCUGCGAGCAGGUCGCACUUCGCGGCGACGAGCCCGAGGCGCAUGGCGGCCGAGCAGUCGCAUGUGUCGUGGCUGCGACAGUUGGACAGCGACUGGAAAGUUGGGCCCGUCGACUUCUGGGCCGGGUGGUUCGUGAAUUCCAUCGCGGAGGCGCGCGCGCCAGCAGGCAUUUUGCGCGCCUGCGCGCGGGGCCGGGCGAGGGUGCUUGACAGCGCGGUGCUCUCGAAGUCGUUCCCGAUCUUGCGGGGCGCGUCUGCGUGGGUCAAGUGGGCCCAGGAGAUCGCUGCGGAGUUCGAAUACAUUUACGAGGAGACGCAGAGGCAGCAGCGCUGGGGGCGGGCCCGGGGCACGGGCGCCGCCCGUGGCGGAGGGGGGCCCGACGAGCUCCUCGGCCUGAGCGGGGGCGAGAGGGGCGCGCCGCGGGAGAUGGAGCUCGGGGCUGCGGCGAAAGAGGGCGGCGAAGCGUGGCGUUCGCCACCGCGGCGCGCGCAGAACGCGGCGGCGUGUCACUUCGACGACGUCGCGCCCAGGGGGCCCAGCAGCUGGCGCGGCAGCUGGGCACGAGCGGUGGAACAGAUCGAGUUGGAGGGCGGUCGGCGCGAUCGCUGGCGCGGCGAGCGCUUGAACUCCAGCCCCGCCGCUUCCACGUUGGGGGCGGGCGUCGGGGCCGACUGGGGCGAGCCCUCCAGAUGGCGGGGCUCGGCCACCCCUGCUGCCGCAGCUUGCGGCGCAGCAAAGCGGAAGUGGACGCCAGCGCUCGGCGAGAUCAAUGCCGUGGGCAGCGCGCAGCGGCGGCAGUUGGGCGCGGAGGUGGCGGGGGUGCCCGUCAGGCGGAGGGCGCUCCGCGCCUGCUCCUCCGCGGCGCGUGCGCGGCAGGCCGCGGGCAGCAGCGUGCCUGGCCUGGCCCGCGCCCCGCGCACAGACGUCGACUUGAACACGUUGCACGGCUGGCACAUCGAGGACCACAGCGGCCCGAACAUUUUCCUGGUCGACACCGAGGGCUGGACGCGCUCCGCCGAGAUCUUCCGCUCGCACGAGCAGCUGCCCGAGCGGAAGGGGCUCGCCCGGGGGCACAACCCCUGCGUGGUGCUCCUCGUGAUGUCCGCAGGUGGACACAGACAAGAAGAACAUGGCCAAGGCCUUCCGGAAAGUCCGGUACAGCUACCACCCGGUGAUCGUGAUCCCCGUGUUGACCGAGACGCUGGCCAGCAGCGACGAGAAGGCCUCCUCGCCGCGCCCGGCGCGGCCUCGCGCGUCGCCCGGGGGCGCAACGCGACGGCCGUGCACAACCCCGGCUUUCCCGACGGGAAGAUUGCUCCCGGGCUGGCGGCGGAGGGCGCGGUGGUGAUGCGGCUCGAGGCCAGGGCGAUGAUGGAGGUCACCGUGGGCGGUUACCCUUCGGCGUCGGACGCCUGCGACGCCUGCUUCACGUCCUUCACCAAGCAGGGCGUACCUCCCGCCGGGCCCGUCGCGCCGCACUGCGUGUGCAUGUCCUACCCCGACGGAGGAGAGCACACCAUGUUCUGCGCCACGCCCGUGUCGGCCGCGGACUUCGUGGCCGAGAAGGGUGGAUGCCGCUGCAAGCCGCGCGACAUGGAGGCCAUGGGGGACACCACGUGCGAGCCGAUCUCUUGA